CAUGACUGAUAGCAUAAAAAUUAUGAUAAAAAUUGUUUGUUGCGCAAUAGCAAAAAAAACUAAAAAGUCAAUACAUACAAACUAAGACCGACAAAACACCAUCUUAAACCCAAAACUCGUAUUAAAAUCCAAACCAAAAUCCUCGAGUGUUCUUCGCGAUGUCCAACACGGCGUUCAUGGACCGUAUCCGAUCGUUUUUCGGACUACGAUCGGAGCCGCCUAAGAAUGAUUUUCGCAAUCCGAUCUGGAGCUCCGACGAUGACGACGACGGUGACGAGCUGUACUCCAGACAGCACAUAGAAGUGUUCGACCCGCUGGAGAUGCAGCGGGAAUUUAUCAAUCACAUGCAGGACAUGUUCAAGACCUUUGGUAGUAUGUUUGGGGACAUGAAAGCUUUUAUUGGACAUAGUGACAUGGGUACCAUAACAGAGUUUCCAACCACAGAACAAGAACCAGAUGAUUUUGAUAGCAAUCGUAUAAGAGAUUACUACUUAAAGCCUGGCUAUCAUGAACAUAAGUAUGAACACCAGAGGGAGGACAUUGAUCUAGACGGUAAGAUUUCUUCAAACGAAAUUUCCGGCUUACUGCAACAGAAAGACGGACAUCUAGUCCCUCAGAAACCAUUUGAUGGCAACUUAAUCCCUGGACGGUCAUUCUGUAAGACAAUUAUCACAACAAGCAUAACUAAACCUGACGGUACAAUUGAAACUCACAGGAUCAUUAAAAAUGGAAAUGAAGUGAUUGAGGAGUCAACCACAACGGAACCUGAUUCAAGGAACCCAAACAAUCCUAGUUUGAAUCCAAUCGCAACUACUAAUAUGAUGUUAUCCCAGUUAUCAUCUCUUCUGAGGAAUUUUUAUUAAACCUUAUAUUGUUUAGUAGAACAGAUUAAAGAGUUAGACAGAUGACCAAAACAAAUUCUGCUAUUUGAACACUGUCCACAAAAUUGAAAUCUUGGCUUUUCAAUAGUAUAUCUCUGAAGCAUCUCUUCCAUCCCAAGUGUCAUUUGCAAAGUGACUUUUACCAAGUUAAUAGAAAUCUUCCUAAAUAACCUAAUAGGCACCUUCUAGACAGUGUACUCUACCUUAGGCUGCAUUGUCACCUUACUAACUGGAGUGAUUGCAAUCAAUCAUAUGCCUAUAAAGUAAAAAAAGUGGGUUUAGCUGAAAUCCAUAAUGUAAAAAAUUGCAUUGAAGUUGAUGUCCUUGCAUGACAUAGUAUUAUUUUCUUGUCAUGCAUACAGCAACUUAGUUUUACAAGGCCAAUCUAUCUUAUUUCUUUAAUCUGUGCUCAUUAAUCAGACAUAGAAAUUAGGUCUAAAAGACCCUUUAACAAUUUAUUUUUGAUGUGAUAGUUAGUUUUAAAGUAAACUAAUCAUUUUUCUUCCUAUGUAGCAGUAACCUAGUAUUUUUGCGCCUUCAUUUCUUUUAAUAUUUUGGGAUAUUUUUGAAAACAUAUCAUCACACUUAGGUACUAAAUUUUUUGUCUAAAUAUUUUCUAAUUGACAUUAAUAUAUAUUCCUGAAAUAGUGAUUAAAAUACUAAGGAUAGUUAUAAUUGUUUGUUAUUGUAAUCAACAUUUUUCACAAUUAUUUUAAGAGUAUUGCAAGUGAUUUUAUUCUUUUCAUAAUUUUAUAAAACUUCUGAUUGGUUAUGUACAUAUUAUAACAGAAAUUAAAGAAAAAUAAAUUCCAUCUUAUUAUAAUAAAUUAGCUGUAAUUAUAACCAAGGGAGUAAUUUUCUAUCAUAGUUACUGACUCUAAUUAGAAAUUGUAAUACUACAUACCUAUCUUAAUUUUACGUAAUAAAACACUCAUUGCAGA